AUGCCUCAUUUCAAUCUGUAUUUGAUUUUUGCUGGACUCUUAGCUGUUGUUAACUGUCAGACCGGUCAACCAGGCAAUUUACCCUAUGAGAAGAUAGCCCCAGGGAAUACUGAGUUUGCCUUUAAAUUCUACCACCAGGUUGCUCUAGAGGCUCAUAAGAAAAACAUUUUAUUUUCUCCUACAAUCAUUUCCAUGCCCUUUGCUUUGCUGGUGCUGGCAGCCAAAUCUACCACACGGAGUCAGCUUUUGUCAGGACUUUGCUUUAACCAGACAGAUAUCAGCGAGCAGGAAAUUCAUAGAGGUUUCCGUCAUCUUAUCCAGAAGCUAAACAGUACUGAGGCCGAAAUCCAACGGAGUAUUGGGAAUACCCUUUUCCCAAAUAAGAAAUUUAAGCUGCUGAAAAAGUUCUUGAAUGAUGCCAAAUAUUUUUAUCAGGCUGAUGUUCUUCCUACUAACUUCGAAAAUGCUACAGAAGCCGAGAACCAAAUCAAUAACUACAUAAAGGAGAAAACCCAUGGAAAAAUAACUGAUAUUGUCAAGGAUCUUGAUACAAGAGCUAUAUUGGUUAUUAUAAGUUUUCUUUACAUGAAAGAUUAUUGGGAAAGUCCUUUUAAUAGUCAGAACACUCGAGACGAAGACUUCUUCGUGGAUGAGCAAACAACAGUGAAAGUUCCCAUGAUGAUCAAAGACAGCACUUUUAAGACGUACUAUGAUGAAAGUCUGUCCUGUGAGGUGGUGCAGCUCCCUUACAAAAGCGGUGCCAUAGCAUUCUUCAUUCUGCCUGAUCAAGGGAAACUGAAGCAAGUGGAAGACGGUCUGAACAGAGACGUCUUGCUAAAAUGGAUGAAAUCAGUGAGGCAACAGAGAAUAGUACUUCACCUUCCAAAGUUAAUGAUUCGUGGACGCUAUGAUCUUACAGAGAUACUAAGUAGAAUGGGUAUAACUGAAUUAUUCACAGACCAAGCAGACCUCUCUGGAAUUACUGGGAAGCCUGAGGUGAAGGUUACUAAGGCUAUUCACCAAGCUUAUUUAAAUGUCCAUGAGAAUGGCACUGAAGCUGCAGCUGUCACUUUUAUUGAAAGUGGACUUACGUCCCUCCCACCUGAAAUUAAACUAAAUUACCCGUUCAUGUUCUUAAUUAUGGACUGGCUUACUGAGGCCAUCUUAUUCUUGGGGAAAGUUGCAGAUCCCACAAAGAACUAAGAAGUCAC